AUGCUGAAUUAUACCCUGAGCAACAUCUGCGGGUGCGUGUACACCGGGGGGAAGAUCCGCUUCAGCGGGGAUGGCAACUCCCUCUUCGUGCCCGUGAAUAACCGAAUCAAUGUUUACGACCUGAACAACAAUAAGUGCAACACGCUGAGGUCGGAAAGUAAGAAUGACCUGAGGCACAUUGUAAUUCACCCCGACAUGGAAAUAGCUAUAACGAUAGAUAAGUUUGAGUACGGGUGCAUAAUAAAUUUGUUAAAAGACCAGAUAAUAUCUCGGAUCCUUUUCAAGUCCAAGACAGGGAUUGUGACUUCUUUUAACUACGAGAAUAUGUUUUCUCCUCAAGAGGAACAAGAUUCUGUGAACUGUGCAUUGUUCACACAUAAGGGGGAGUACUUCCUGCUUGGCAUCGGGAGGAGAGUCGUUAUAUGGAAGAGCCCCAACCGGAAGAAUAACUACAGGUUGGUUAAAUACAACGACAUUUGCUAUCACUCGUUGAAUGUAACGUGGAUAGAUGUGUCAGAGGACGACCGUUUUUUUUUAACGUGUUCGUAUGACUUAACCAUUCGGAUCCACACUGUGGAGAAGAGGCGGAAGGUGCGGCCCACCGUUUUGGGGGGGAACAAGAGCAUCAUCGUGGCGGCGUUUUUUUCCAAGGGGGGGGACUUUAUCUUUAGUGUGAACAAGUCGGGCCUCAUUUUGGUCUGGUCGUACGAGGGGGUCAGCGAAGCGGCAGGUGAAGCAGUCAGCGAAGAGGUGGAUGAAACGGUCGGCGAGGUGAUCAGCGAAGUGACAGACGAACCGUCUGAAGAGCAGUCAUCUACAUUGCCCGUCCCCCAAAAGGCAUUCUUGCGCAGGUGGCGGCAGAAGAAGGUCUACUUCUGCAACCAGGAGAAGAACGAAGAGGUGACGAGCGUAUGUUUCAACCGGGAGCACUGUCUGGUGGUGAUCGCCUACUCAAGUGGGCGCUUUGGAAUCUACAACGCACCAGACAUGACCUCCCUCUACACGAUAAGCAUAAACGCCUGCACAAUAGACGACAUUACAAUAAGUAACGAUGGGCAGUGGAUAGCCCUUGCGGAGGCCAACAACGGUACGGUCAUAGUAUGGGAAUGGAAAAGCGAAAGUUAUAUUCUGAAGCAAAGUACCACUAGUAGGAAUGUCAUGUGUGUGAAAUUUUCACCCAUUAUUAGUCACCUCAAGAUAGGAAGUCACAUCGUAGAAACAGCAAAUGCCUACCAUGAGAGUGAAAACUUUACCAGUAAAUUUGUUAUAGUCACAGGGAGUGAAGACGGGACUGUUCGGUUGUACGAUUACGUGAGUUAUAUGAACUUUGUUACGUUCUCUGUUCACACAGAUGCAGUGACUGAUGUGUGUUUCCUUCCACAGGGGAAUGCGUUCGUGUCGUGUUCGCUGGACGGAACAGUGCGUGCGUUCGACUUGUUGCGGUAUCGGAACUUUAAGGUGUAUACGGCGUGUGGUCUGGAGGAGGAUGUCACAAGUGGUAGUGCUGCCUCAGCACAAUUGCAGGUGCAGUUCCUCUGUGUGAGUGUGAACCUAAGUGGGAACAUCGUGGCUGCGGGGGGUAGAGGCACCGAAUAUGUAGUCUACAUAUGGAACGUGCAGACAGCCAAGUGUAUCGAUAAGCUAUACGGGCACAACUCCCCAAUCAUUAAGGUUUGCUUCAGCACUAGUCUGAAGAAUGAAGGCGUAAUAGCAAGCUGCUCCUGGAGCAAGAAAGUGUUAGUUUGGGAUUUAUACGCACGAAGGAACAAGGGAAGUAAGUUCGACGAGAUGAUAAAUUCGCACGACGUUUCGUAUAUGUGUUUUGAUCCCAGAGGAAAUGACAUACUAGCUAUAUGCACCAUGAGUUGUAAGAUCCUUUUCUGGGAUGUGAAUUCGCAAGAAAUAAUUGGCACGGUGGAAGGAGCGAGGGACAUUAAGAGGGGCCGUUUCAUAGGACAGCAAUAUGCAUCCAUUCCGAUGGUGAAGAAGCGGAAGAAAAUUCUAAAUGGUAGUCACAACGGGAAUGCAAAAGAGGAUGACCCUGUGUAUGAAGACGAAUUAGAAGAUGAUGGGAUCAACUCAGUGGUGAACCAGAACUGCUACUUCACUGCAGUGGAUUAUAUACAAAACGGGAACUACCUAAUUGGUUGCGCUAAUUGUAGCGUCUCCUUAUACAUCUACGAUACGAACCUGUAUGUACUGAUGAGGAUAAUAGAUUUGACAACAAACUUUUGCGUGGAUGGGAUCAGGAGGGAAAUUUCAAGAAGGUACCUCACUCCGAACGGGACAAACAUUUGUGAGUUCGACCUCAGUGAUGAGGAGGGGGAUAUCUACACAGACAAGUACAGGGUCGUUAAUAGGAAGAAAAAGAACAACAUGCUUCCUGGAAGUAUGGAAGAACAUUGGAUGGUUAACAAAUUUAAGAAACACAAACUUACGUUGAAUCGGUUGAGCAUCUCGGGUGAUGACAGACACGUAGCCGUUGCGUCUAGUGGUGGUCUUUACGUUUUUACAAAGGACCACCAGUUUCAAUACGUCGUUCCGGUGCGGUUGUCUGGAAAGAACAUAACUUCGGUGGGAAACGUUACCUACAGUGGGUACCGUGGACUGGUGGCCCCCCUACUGUACCAACCGCAGUACCUAACAGAGCAUGUGAAUGUGCGUAAUUUAAAAAUCGCCGUGAGGAAGAAUGAAUACGUGAAGGCCUUCCUCCUAUGUCUAGCCCUAAAUAGCUACGAACACAUGGUGGAGGUGUAUGAGAAGACCCCCUACCACGUGGUGCCCCUGUGUGUGAAAAUCCUAACCAAGCCGUUUGUCUUUUUACUCAUUAAUUUUAUUAAGGUGUUGCUUCUUAACGAUACGAUGAAGCAUAUCCACCUGCACUUGUGUUAUUUGAAUGCCAUUUUUACCAGUCACUUUAGCGUUUUCGUGAAUACCGAAUUGGGGGGACAGUCUUCCCGGGGAGGAAGCACUAAGCAGCAGCAGGGCGGUGGAGCUAGGGCAGCUUCUCCCCACGGGGUUGAAGAUUACAGGAACGCGUUGCUCCUCAUCCUGAAGCAGCUCUUCACGGUGUACAACGGGCUGCAGCACCUCUACGGGGAUAACACCCACGUGCUGCGUUACCUCUGCGCGCAGGGGGUGUAA